UCUUCCCCGGUGUGACGUCAUAUUCCACCCAUCGCGCAUGUGUGUGAGACUACACGCAUCCACGGGCUCUACUCUCGGAGUCGUGAUCGCUCCCACGUCACUUCUGACGUGACCGGCUCGCCUCCAUCUGUCCUCCUCGGUAACUGCACGGAGCUCCAUCAUCAUCAUCAUCAUCAUCACCGUCAGGACAGCAUCACGUGAUCACGCUACUUCAGCCGAGUAUGGACACCUUCGGAGGGAACUGAGCAUCAGGAACCAUGCCCACUGUCCUGGCCAGUGGCAGGGGGAAACUUGCCUUUGGAUCUUUUCUGCACCGAUGCCCGUUUUCCUCUCAGGUAACAAGAGGCCAACACAGCUGUGCUAAAGAUAUUUGGGGGGACAUGACUCAGUCCUGCAGGUCAUCCCAACAAACCUUAGGGGGUGACCAGGCUCAGCGAAUCCUCUUCAACCCUACGGAUAGGAAACACCCGACAACCCAACAGAGGCAAGGUCAGGGGGACGCUCCGCCGCGGAUGACCCGUCACCCCCGCGUGGCUCCCCACAAGUCGAUGCUUGUCGAUGACCCAAAACUGAGCAGUGAUGAGGACGACACCCAAAGGGCAAGACACGAAUCAGCUUCCUGGGAUGGACACAGUCUAUGUGUUGACCGACAUGGCAGGAGGGUGAGACAUUCCAGCUCUGGCUCCUCGCGAUCCGACUCCACCGUGAAGUCAGGCAGCGACGGCCUCCAUUCCCGCAGCUCAAGCCCAGCUGCCGCUUCACCCUCCGAGAGCAACAAGGAGACUGAUCGCCCACCUGUCGCCCAGUGGCAAUUGGAGAAGUGGCUGAAGAAAUCCCAGGAAAAAGCUGCAAGAAGUGAACAAUAUCCCACCAGGAGUAUUCCUGGACCCCCUCCCUCACCACCUGGCCUUCGAGCCCCGUCUCCGGCAAGAUGUUGGGACAGCAAUCAGGAAUACAGCCCUAGCCAAAGCCCCAUUCCCAGCCCGCAGUUGAGCUACAGACCCAGCAGCCUUUUACCGAGCCCUGGUUACAGCUUCUGUCCCAGCCCGCUUCCCAGCACCUGUCCGAGUCCAAGCAAUACCACCAGUUACAGUCCCAUCCCGAGUCCGGCUUACAGUCCGUGCGAGAUUCUAAGAGCACAAUAUAGCCCGAUCCAGAGAGACCCCCCAGAAAGUCCUUUACGGGGAUACCAUUAUACUGAGGUUCAAAGCCUUGCGACUAACCCAUAUCGGACAAAAAGUAGGCCAUGGACUGGUCCAUUGUCUAAUACUGACACCAAAAGUAAGCACUCAAAUAGCACAGAGCUUCACCCUCACCAGCACAGGCUCAAGUCGAGGCCUACAGAAGACCACAGACAAAACAAAUCCGAAGCAGUUUUAAACUCUAGCGACAGUUGCGGUCGCAAAUGGAGACCUCAGAACAAUUUGCAUCCAGGCGCUAAGAGGCCAUCCAAACACACAUCAUCACAUGGUGAGCAGAUCCAGGGCGGCAGGCCCAGCCACAGUUCCAACCACAGGACUUUGAGACUUCCAGCCCAGCACAAAACAAAACAUCAUCUUCCAACUGGCUGUGAAACCCACCCCGGUCAAGGUUCUUGUUCCCAGCCGAGCUCCAAAUCUGCCAGUAAUUAUCACCCGAGGUCCAGUACCGACCUGCGACCGAGAGCCAAGUCUUGGGAGGCCAAAGCCCCGAGUGCUGUGCAUGUUGAUCCUUCCAAAACAUCGCAGUCCAAGAAACGUGAAGUGGUUCAACGAGAAGUUCCUCUGACUGAAGCUGAGGCGGGGAGACACAGACGGAAAGACGAUACGCGGCACAGGGAGUCACAAGCCGGCAAAGACAAGAGGCUGGCGCAGGAGCAGCUGCUGAGACGCCGCUGGAUCGAGAGUUCCGCAGAAUACGAGGAGGAGAAAGAGGAAGCAGGAGCCAUCGAGAGGCGGGGGAGGAGGACAAAGGAGAAACUACAAACACGCUCCAAAGAGAGACACCCACCAAGAACAACCGAACACCAGCGAGACCCUUCGCCUUCAUCUUCACCUACACCUCAAGCACGAUCUCCACCAUCCUCUACCUCUUCACAUUCAGAUUUGGAAUGCCAGACUCAAAUUGCCAAGGUCCCGGCAGACUCCACUUCACUCCGCAAGAGAGGCCAGCACGGCCCCGGUAGACCUGAUGCCUGCAAGUCCCAAGGAGCAGAUCAGGGGCAGCAGAGCGAGGCCAGACAACAACUCUACACUUUGGUCCCGUUUGGACGAAGCGACCAGGCCACCGGACCUUCUCAACGUGGACUGAGGAACCUGGUGGUGCACAUAGACCUCUGUCUCCUCAGGAGGGUCCCGGACACUGCUCUUAAUCCCCCCGCCAAGGCCCCUUCUACUACUUCUUCAAAGGAAAGGCAGAGAGAGGCCAUGAAGCAUGUUUAUAUGCCAGAUGCUGUCUCCAAAGACAGCAAGCGGAAACGUAAGUUGGAAAAUGGUGUGUCCCACGAAGAAAGUAAAAGGAACCCGCCACAAACGAAAGACGUCUCCGGACGCACACAAUCGACAUUUCAUCCAGCUGAGCGCGGCCUUUUAACUGAAACCACACAUAAUGGAUAUUUAGAGGAAUACUUGGAUGGUAAGAGGCCACUGUCUCCCUUGUCGCCGCUGUCUGACAGCCCAGAGUCCAGCGACCCUUCAUCCAAAACCAAAAAUGGAGAUGUGCAUCAUGUGGCUCACACUCACAAGAACAGAGAGAAAAUCCAAGAUUCAGCACCAAAGCCCAAGAUGGAGAUGGAAUGUGUAAAAGUGUCCAAACAUCCUUCAUCUGAGUCCUGGGGCCCUGCAGGACACAUGACUGCUGUCCCUAACACAGAGACGCCUCACCAUGCCGAGUACUACUUACACGAAGCCAAAAGGAUAAAGCACCGUGCCGAUGCAAUGGUGGAUAAGCUGGGGAAGGCCGUGAACUACGUUGACGCCGCUCUCUCAUUUAUGGAAUGCGGUAAAGCAAUGGAGGAAGGCCCACUGGAGGCUAAAUCCCCUUACACCAUGUACGCGGAGACAGUGGAGCUUAUAAGGUACGCCAUGAAGCUAAAGAGCCACGCCCGCCCUGGAGCACGACAAGAAGACAAACAGUUGGCAGUUCUCUGCUUUCGAUGUCUCGCCCUUCUUUAUUGGCAGAUGUUUCGUUUAAAAAAGGACCAUGCCCUGAAAUACUCCAAAGUACUACUCGACUAUUUCAAGACUUCACCCAAGGCGCCUUCAAUACCAUCCUGCUGGAACGACACUGGCAAGGAUGUGGAAGGUUCUCCUUCUUCACGCUUGCCCAAUGCCAAAAACAUCAAGAAGGCUUCACAAGUGGACAACCCCUCCUUAUCACUCAUAAGCAUUCCUCAACGUAUCCACCAGAUGGCAGCAAACCACCUAAACAUCACCAACAGUGUCCUGUACAGCUAUGAGUACUGGGAGGUUGCAGACAACCUUGCAAAGGAGAGUAAAGAGUUCUUCAACUACUUGAAUACGUUGUCGGGGCCACUGACGCUUCACAGUAGCAUUGCUCAUGCAGUCCAGUACACCAGGCAAGCUCUUCAGUGGAUACGCAUCAGUGCCAAACUUAACUAAUAAGGACAAAUUCCCACGAGAUCUGUGCUUUGUGGACUACAUGUGGCAUCAAUGGAUUUGUCAUCCGGGUCUUCCAACGUGCCAACCUGUGGAAAUGCGCCAUUUUUGGACUCAAUUUGCCUCUUUUGGAUGAACUUAGAGACAUGUGCAUGCUAAUGUGAAGCCCCGACUCAUUUGCCAAAUGUCAGAUUGUGACAGAAACGGGACUUGAUCACUGUAAUGUCUGCUUAUUGCUAUUUAAAGCUCUUUCAUACUUGAAACGGUAUGAAUGGUAUAGGUCAAAUACGGGGGGGAAUCUCAUUCACCACCGCUUGUUUCUAAAUUAAAAGAUUUUAAUGUGUUUUUUAGGUAUCUAAUAUUUUUAAUAAUAUUGGUUUUACUGUGCAAUAAUGUAUUGUUCUAGUAAAACACAGGAAAUGCAAUGACAACACAAUAUCGUGGCUCUCUUAUUGCUAAUAUUUGAAGUUGCUGCUUAAAAGGUUAAAAAGAUACUAACCCGUCACAGUUGCUGACAUUGUCUUAUAUGUUUUGAAAUAUAAUCCACAACUUGUGGGUAUU